UCCAGAAGUUUUUUGUAGAUCCUCAAAAAGAACCUUCAGCUGCAAUGGGGGACAUCCAACUUAAAUGGAACCAGAAGAAGAAACACAAGAGGCCUCAACUGAUCAAAGACAGGCUGAUGUCAUCUCACCAGCUGGAGCCUCCCUGAGAAGCAAACAACGUCCGAUCAUCCGGACCCCCCUCCUCCCUUUGCUGCCUAUCUUGGAGGUGGUCCUGGGUGUGACCAGGCUCUGUUUCAAGUAUAAAAACCCAACCAACGGUUUGGACUCAGCUUGGCUUGGACGCUGCAUUCAGUGAAAUCGUCAAACAAAAGCAAGAUGACCACUCUCACCCCUAAGGACAAGGACACAGUCAGGGCCUUCUGGGCUAAAGUGUCUCCAAAGGCUGAUGAAAUCGGCACCGCCGCUGUGUCCAGGAUGUUGGCUGUGUACCCUCAGACCAAGACUUACUUCGCCCACUGGAAGGAUCAGAGCCCCUCCUCUCCCUCCGCCAAGAAGCACGGAAUAACCGUGAUGAAUGGAGUCGGAGUUGCUGUGACCAAAAUCGACGACCUGAAAGGAGGCCUUCUGAACCUGAGCGAGCUGCACGCCUUCACUCUGCGCGUGGACCCCGCCAACUUCAAGAUUCUCGCCCACUGCAUGCUUGUGGUCCUGUCCAUCAUGUUCCCCAACGACUUCAGCCCUGAGGUCCAUGUGUCCAUGGACAAGUUCCUGGCUGCUCUGGCUCUGGCCCUGUCCGAGAAAUACCGAUAAACUGCUGGAGAAGAAGACUGCAGCAUGAGCUUUACACUGCAUACUGAUUAAUAAAUGCAUGGAAGCAAAAA